AUGGGUUCCUGCUGGAUACCCAUGUUGCUGCUGCUUCUGCAACUAGGGCUUCUGUUGACAAAGCAUGCUGAUUCAAGUUCUAUCAUCAGAUAUCUUCCUGGUUAUGAUGGCCCUCUUCCCUUCGAGCUCGAAACUGGGUACAUUGGUGUUGGUGAGGAAGAGGAAGAGCAAAUGUUCUACUACUUCAUUAAAUCUGAGAGCAAUCCCGAAAAGGACCCUCUUCUUCUCUGGUUAAGUGGAGGACCUGGUUGCUCUUCUUUCACUGGUCUUAUUUAUGAGAAUGGUCCCCUUGGUUUCAAGGUUGAGGCGUACAAUGGAAGUAUCCCCACGUUGGUCUCUACUACAUAUUCAUGGACAAAGGCUGCGAAUAUAAUCUAUUUGGAUCAGCCUGUUGGGACUGGUUUCUCCUACUCAACAAAUCCAUUAGCUGAUAUACCAAGUGACACAAGAUCAGCUAAGAGGGUCGAUGAGUUUCUUCGUAAAUGGCUAGCCAAGCAUCCUGAGUAUUUCUCCAAUCCUUUCUAUGCCGGAGGGAAUUCUUAUUCUGGUAAGAUGAUUCCUGUCAUCGUUCAAGAAAUCUCAAAUGGAAAUUGUAUAUGCUGCAAACCUCCAAUAAGGCUUCAGGGCUAUGUGAUCGGAAGCCCAGUAACAGACUAUGAUCUUGAUAGAAACUCUCGCAUUCAAUUUGCUCAUAGAAUGACACUCAUCUCUGAUGAACUAUAUGAGUCGUUGAAGAGAAGCUGUGGAGGAAACUACAUUAUUGUAGAUCCUCUUAACACAGAAUGCUUGGAACUCAUUAAAGACUAUGACAAGUGUGUUUCUGGAAUAUAUGAAAACCUUAUUCUAGCACCAAAAUGUGAUCUUACAUCUCCUGAUUGCCAUUCGUAUCGUUCUAUGCUAUCUGAAUACUGGGCCAAUAACGAGACCGUACGCAGAGCACUGAAAGUUGUGGAGGGUACUACAGGUAAAUGGGAACGAUGUAAAUGGAGUUUACAAAACAAUAAAGACAUUAAAAGCAGCAUACCGUACCAUAAGCAGAACAGCAUUGAAGGCUACCGAUCACUCAUCUUCAGUGGAGAUCACGACAUGCUAACACCUUACGUUGGAACUCAAGACUGGAUUAGAUCUCUCAACUAUUCCAUUAUUGAAAAAUGGAGGCCAUGGAUGAUACUUGAUCAAGUCGCUGGAUACACUACGACGUAUGCUAACAAGAUGACAUUUGCAACUGUGAAAGGAGGCGGGCACACGUUAGACUAUAAACCAGAGGAGAAUUCAAUCCUGUUCAAGAGGUGGAUAAGUGGCCAACCUCUUUAAAAAUACAAACCUUAGUCUUUGGAAUGAUCUUAGCUUGUUAAUGUUGAAACCGAAAGUGUUUGGUACAAUACUGUUUACGUUUUUCGGAUUCUGUUGCUUGGUACAAUGAUGAUAGCCUGCCUCGACCAUUCUCAGCCUUUGGUUUUGUGAAUGUAUUGUUUCCAAGACUAAUCAGUUCUUUAGAGCAAGUCCAGUUUUUUUUUCUU